AUGGAACUACCCAAUGCCUCCUCGUCGUCCCCCGUAUCCAUAGUGCGAGAGCCAAAACUCUGUCUCCCCUCUACCACCGAUCCUCCGGGACCACAGAAUCCCCCGAAGCCGCUCGUAUGGCUGAUCUUUGGUGCCACCGGUCACAUGGGCCGCUCCUUGGUGAAGACCGCCUUGUCACGGGAUGAUUUCGUCGCAGCGGUCGGACGCACCUUUGAAAACAGUCCCGAAUGUAUGAAAAAGCUGGAGGAUGAACAUGAGAACUGCCUGGGUCUGCUGUGUGACGUCCGGGCCCGGGGAACCGUCCAACGAGCCAUCGACCGCACCAUCGAGCGGUUCGGUCGUAUUGACAUCGUCGCCAACUGCUCCGGGUACGGCGUGAUCGGGGCCUGCGAAGACCAAGACGAGUACGAUAUCCGAGACCAGUUCGAGACCAAUUUCACCGGUACGCUGAAUAUCAUCCAACUGUCGCUGCCUCAUUUCCGGGAGCGACGCUCCGGCCGGUACUUGAUCUUCAGCUCCACCUCGGGGGCCCUCGGUGUACCGGGUCUGGGGCCUUAUUGUGCCUCGAAAUAUGCGGUGGAGGGGCUGAUGGAAAGCAUGUUGUACGAGGUGGACAGCUUUAAUAUUAAGGCCACUCUCGUCGAGCCCGGCCACAUGCGUCGCGACGACAUGGACGGCCUGGUGUCACAUCCGGCCUCCGUGAUGACGACGGGCAAGCCCGAGCUGGAUCUCGCGCCGCCGCUUCCAUUGUACGGCCACUUCCUCGUCAAACGGCCGAGCGAGCCAUACAAUGCACCCACGGCACCAGCGGCGCACGCAAAGCGGAUGUUGAUGUGGUUGGGCGAUAAGCAGCCCGCGAGUGCCGUCAAAGCCGCCAAUUUGGUCUGGCAGCUAGGCCAUUGUUCCUACCCUCCCCUUCGGCUCAUCCUAGGAACUUACGCUGUCGAGAGUAUUCGAGACCGGCUCAAAUGUAUCAUAGAAGAGAUCGAGGAUUGGAAAUACCUCAGCUUUCCCCAGGGGGAUCAGCACGGCCCUUCGUCAGCGCAAGGUAAACCAUCGGCGUCCGGCGCCCACGAAAGAGAAGAGGCUGAAGCGGCGACGUGA